CCAUCCAGGUUCUCCUUCCCGGGAGGUAGGAGGGGCCACAGUCUCGGGAUUGAGAGGUUGCUUCCCUUCCCCCCACUUCUGUGGGCGGGGAGCAGCAAGGUAGAGAGAGUGCAAGCGGGACUGGGGGGGUAGAGUGGGGGGUCAGAGAAAGAGACCGAGGCGGAGGAGUAGAGCCCGCGAGACUGAAGGGAAGGGUGGAAGAUAGGUGAUGAUAGAUAGAGUGAUAGAGUGAUAGAUAGAGAGAUAGAGUUGGUUGCUCCAUAGUACGGCGGCUCGCAAGGGAGAAUCCCGAGAGAGCUCCGGGACUGGCGGGGAUGGUGUGCGGUGCGGCGGCGGCGGCGGCGUCUUCUUCUUCUUUUUCAUCUCUCCGCGGGGCGUGUGCCCGGCACUGAUUUCUCCCUGGGACCGCGCAGAUCCCGCCCGGAGAUGAGACUACGUUACCUGAACACUGUUCGGUGAAAGAAAGAAUAUGAAGAGCUGGUGUUGAGUCAAAUAUACUGAGCUUCUACUAGCGAGCUAAAAGUGACAGAACCAUGGCUCAAUUUCCAACAUCUUUUGGUGGCAGCCUGGAUAUUUGGGCCAUAACUGUAGAAGAAAGAGCAAAGCAUGAUCAGCAGUUCCAUAGUCUCAAGCCAACAUCUGGGUUUAUUACUGGUGAUCAAGCCAGAAACUUUUUUUUUCAAUCUGGGUUACCUCAACCUGUUUUAGCACAGAUAUGGGCAUUAGCUGACAUGAACAAUGACGGGAGAAUGGAUCAGAUAGAAUUUUCUAUAGCAAUGAAACUUAUCAAACUGAAGCUACAAGGUUAUCAGCUACCUGCUGCACUUCCUCCUGUCAUGAAACAGCAACCUGUUGCUAUUUCUGGUGCACCCACAUUUGGUAUGGGAGGCAUUGCCAGCAUGCCGUCUCUCACAGCUGUUGCUCCAGUACCAAUGGCAUCGAUUCCAGUAGUAGGAAUGUCCCCACCUCUCGUAUCUUCUGUUCCUCCCACAGCAGUUCCUCCCCUGGCUAAUGGCGCGCCUUCUGUCAUACAAUCUCUGCCUGCUUUUGCUCAUCCUGCCACGUUGCCAAAGAGUUCUUCUUUUAGUAGAUCUGGUCCAGGUUCACAAUUAAAUACAAAACUACAGAAGGCACAAUCAUUUGAUGUGGCUAGUGCCUCUCCUGUGGCAGAAUGGGCCGUUCCUCAGUCAUCAAGACUGAAAUAUAGGCAACUGUUCAAUAGCCACGACAAAACAAUGAGUGGACAUCUAACAGGCCCCCAAGCAAGAACUAUUCUUAUGCAAUCAAGUUUACCACAGACUCAGCUGGCUACAAUAUGGAAUCUUUCAGAUAUUGAUCAAGAUGGAAAACUAACAGCAGAAGAAUUUAUUCUGGCAAUGCACUUAAUUGACGUGGCUAUGUCUGGCCAACCCCUACCACCAGUACUGCCUCCAGAAUAUAUUCCUCCUUCAUUUAGAAGGGUUCGCUCUGGCAGUGGCAUAUCUGUCAUAAGCUCUGUAUCUGUAGACCAAAGGUUACCAGAGGAACCAGUGUUAGAAGAGGAACAGCAACAGCUGGAAAAGAAAUUACCUGUGACAUUUGAAGAUAAAAAACGGGAAAACUUUGAACGAGGCAAUCUGGAACUUGAAAAGAGAAGACAGGCUCUAUUAGAACAGCAGCGUAAAGAGCAGGAGCGCCUGGCACAGCUCGAACGGGCCGAGCAGGAAAGGAAAGAGCGAGAACGUCAGGAACAGGAGCGAAAAAGGCAGGUAGAGCUGGAAAAACAAUUGGAAAAACAGCGGGAACUGGAACGUCAGAGGGAAGAAGAGAGGAGGAAAGAAAUUGAAAGACGUGAGGCUGCAAAAAGAGAACUUGAAAGACAACGACAGCUUGAGUGGGAACGGAAUCGGCGGCAAGAACUGUUGAAUCAAAGAAACAAAGAGCAAGAAGACAUAGUUGUUCUGAAGGCAAAGAAAAAGACUUUGGAAUUUGAAUUAGAAGCUCUAAAUGAUAAAAAACAUCAACUGGAAGGAAAACUUCAAGAUAUCAGGUGUCGAUUAGCCAUGCAAAGGCAAGAAAUUGAAAGCACAAACAAAUCCAGAGAACUUAGAAUUGCUGAAAUCACCCACCUACAGCAACAAUUACAGGAAUCUCAGCAAAUGCUUGGAAGGCUGAUUCCUGAAAAACAGUUACUCAAUGACCAAUUAAAACAAGUUCAGCAAAACAGUUUGCACAGAGAUUCACUUCUUACACUUAAAAGAGCCUUAGAAGCAAAAGAGCUUGCUCGUCAGCAGCUGAGAGACCAGCUGGAUGAGGUUGAGAAAGAAACUAGAUCAAAGCUACAGGAGAUUGACAUUUUCAAUAAUCAGCUAAAGGAACUAAGAGAAAUACAUAACAAGCAACAGCUCCAAAAACAAAAGAAUUUAGAGGCGGAAAGGUUGAAACAGAAAGAAAAAGAGAGGAAAACAAUAGAAUUAGAAAAGCAAAAAGAGGAAACCCAAAGACGUUCACAAGAUAAGCAGUGGCUUGACCGAGUUCAACAGGAUGAAGACUAUCAACGGCCAAAAAAACUCCAUGAUGAAGAGAAGCUAAGGGAAGAACCGGUCAAGAAAAAAGAUGGUGAGGAAAAAGGCAAACAGGAAAUGAAAGAUAAGCUGAAUAAGCUUUUUCAACAACACCAGGAACCAGCUAAGCCCACUCUUCAGACACCCAGCUCAUCUACAGAAAAAGGCCCACUUGCUAUUUCUACUCAAGAGGACGUAAAGGUAGUGUAUUACCGGGCACUGUACCCUUUUGAAUCAAGAAGCCAUGAUGAAAUCACCAUCCAGCCUGGGGACAUAGUCAUGGUGGAUGAAAGGCAAACUGGAGAACCUGGGUGGCUUGGAGGGGAAUUAAAAGGAAAGACAGGAUGGUUUCCUGCAAACUAUGCAGAGAAAAUCCCAGAGAAUGAGAUCCCCACCCCUCUGAAACCAGGAGCUGACUCUGCCCCCACGCCCACACCUAAACUUGCCUUACAUGAAACCCCAACUCCUUCAGCAACAACCUCUUCAGAAUCUUCUACGGCCUCCAACAACUGGGCAGACUUCAGCUCCACAUGGCCAACAAACACUAAUGAGAAACCAGAAACAGAUAAUUGGGAUGCAUGGGCAACCCAGCCUUCGCUUACUGUUCCAAGCGCAGGGCAGUUGAGGCAAAGAUCAGCCUUUACCCCAGCUACUGUUACUGGCUCAUCACCAUCUCCUGUUUUGGGCCAGGGUGAAAAGGUAGAGGGGCUACAAGCACAAGCCUUGUACCCGUGGAGGGCCAAAAAGGACAACCAUUUAAAUUUCAACAAAAAUGAUGUCAUCACAGUCCUGGAACAGCAAGAUAUGUGGUGGUUUGGAGAAGUUCAAGGUCAAAAGGGUUGGUUCCCCAAGUCUUAUGUGAAGCUCAUUUCAGGACCCAUAAGAAAAUCAACAAGUAUGGAUUCAAAUUCUUCAGAGAGUCCCGCUGUUUUAAAGAGAGUAGCAUCACCAGCAGCUAAACUUUCAAUACCAGGAGAAGAAUAUAUUGCCAUGUACACUUAUGAGAGUUCUGAACAAGGCGAUUUAACCUUUCAGCAAGGGGAUGUAAUUUUGGUUACGAAGAAAGAUGGUGAUUGGUGGACAGGAACGGUAGCUGACAAAUCUGGAGUCUUCCCUUCUAACUAUGUGAGGCUUAAAGACUCAGAGGCCCCUGGGACUACUGGGAAAGCAGGGAGUUUAGGAAAGAAACCUGAAAUUGCCCAAGUUAUCGCAUCUUAUACUGCUACUGGCCCAGAACAACUUACCCUGGCACCUGGACAACUAAUUUUGAUCCGAAAGAAGAAUCCAGGAGGAUGGUGGGAAGGAGAACUUCAAGCACGUGGGAAAAAGCGUCAGAUAGGCUGGUUCCCAGCUAAUUAUGUAAAACUUUUAAGUCCUGGUACCAGUAAAAUAACACCAACGGAGCCACCUAAGUCAUUAGCACUACCUACAGUGUGCCAAGUGAUUGGUAUGUACGAUUAUACUGCACAGAAUGAUGAUGAACUGGCAUUCAACAAAGGCCAGAUCAUCAAUGUUCUUAAUAAGGAAGACCCUGAUUGGUGGAAAGGAGAAGUCAAUGGACAAGUGGGACUCUUCCCAUCCAAUUAUGUGAAAAUGACAACAGACAUGGACCCAAGCCAGCAAUGGUGUGCAGAUUUACAUCUUUUGGAUAUGUUGACACCAACAGAAAGGAAACGGCAGGGAUAUAUCCAUGAGCUACUUGUUACAGAAGAAAACUAUGUCAAUGACCUGCAGUUAGUCACAGAGAUCUUUCAGAAACCGCUGAUGGAGUCUGAGCUGCUGACAGAAAAAGAGGUGGCUAUGAUUUUUGUUAACUGGAAGGAGCUGAUAAUGUGUAAUAUCAAACUGCUGAAAGCCCUGAGAGUUCGGAAGAAAAUGUCUGGUGAGAGAAUGCCCGUAAAGAUGAUUGGCGAUAUCCUGACAGCCCAGCUGCCCCAUAUGCAGCCUUAUAUACGUUUCUGUAGCUGCCAGCUCAAUGGAGCAGCUCUCAUCCAGCAGAAGACAGAUGAAGCCCCUGAGUUCAAGGAGUUUGUCAAAAGAUUAGCUAUGGAUCCUCGGUGUAAAGGGAUGCCACUCUCUAGUUUUAUCCUGAAGCCUAUGCAGCGGGUAACAAGAUACCCACUAAUCAUUAAAAAUAUCUUAGAAAACACUCCUGAAAACCACCCUGACUAUAGUCACUUGAAACAUGCUCUAGAGAAGGCUGAAGAAUUGUGUUCCCAAGUCAACGAAGGUGUACGUGAAAAGGAGAAUUCAGACCGGUUGGAGUGGAUCCAAGCACACGUGCAGUGUGAAGGCCUAUCUGAGCAACUUGUUUUCAACUCAGUCACCAAUUGCUUGGGACCACGGAAAUUCCUGCACAGUGGGAAAUUGUACAAAGCCAAGAGCAACAAGGAACUAUAUGGCUUCCUUUUCAAUGACUUUCUUCUUCUGACUCAGAUAAUCAAGCCUUUGGGUUCUUCUGGGACUGACAAAGUCUUCAGCCCCAAAUCUAAUCUACAGUAUAAAAUGUAUAAGACGCCCAUUUUCCUAAAUGAAGUCCUAGUAAAAUUGCCUACUGACCCUUCUGGAGAUGAGCCCAUCUUCCACAUUUCCCACAUUGAUAGAGUCUACACUCUCCGUGCAGAAAGCAUAAAUGAAAGAACUGCCUGGGUACAGAAAAUUAAAGCUGCUUCUGAAUUCUACAUUGAAACUGAGAAAAAGAAGAGGGAAAAGGCAUACUUAGUUCGUUCCCAAAGGGCAACAGGUAUCGGGAGGUUGAUGGUGAACAUUGUUGAAGGCAUUGAAUUAAAGCCCUGUUGGUCACAUGGUAAAAGUAAUCCCUAUUGUGAGGUGACAAUGGGCUCCCAGUGUCAUAUUACAAAGACAAUACAGGACACGCUGAACCCCAAGUGGAAUUCCAACUGCCAGUUCUUCAUCAAGGACCUAGAGCAGGAUGUCCUCUGCAUAACUGUGUUUGAGAGGGACCAGUUCUCUCCCGAUGAUUUUUUGGGUCGGACAGAAAUCCGUGUGGCAGACAUCAAGAAAGACCAGGGUUCAAAGGGGCCAGUUACCAAAUGCCUCCUUCUACAUGAAGUUCCAACAGGGGAGAUUGUUGUCCGACUGGAUCUGCAGCUCUUUGAUGAACCAUAGUGGGACAAGGGCCCCACCAUAGCCUUCUCGUCCUGGCACCAGGGCCCUGCAGAAAUUAUCUGGAAUUUGGUAUUAUUUUUCUAAGUAGCACAGUGAUUCAUUCAUCUAUAAAGCAAUGGGGUUAAAUUAGGGGUGAGGGGCUCCCUGAGCUCCCAAGAUCACCUUUUGACAAUCCUUCCCAAAAUGACCAAUCCUAAUCUGUGAGGCAAAUCUGUGUUUUCACAUGUAGGCUUUUGCUCUAGUUUCUAGGGUUUCUGAAAUCCUAUAGCUAGAGCCAAAACCGAUUCCUGUUCAAAAGUCUGACUUGUCCUGUGGUUGGCUACACCCAUUUUCUUUACUGUAUAGUUGAUUCAAUAGUGCAACAUCUCUAUUUUUGAAGACUUUAUGUAACUCUUCUGAUGUCUGCCUCCUCGUAGUCCCCACAUAGGCUCUUUGACAAUGAUUUCAGUCCCUUAUCGCUGGUUUAGAGACAAACUAUGAGUGGAUACAUUCUAGGGGCAUGAGAUUUCCAUUCACUUCAGGAUAAGGUCUGCACAGUUCUCUUUUGGAAUGCUGAUGUGGGAUCUUAGGCAUAGAUGGUCUUCUGAAUAUGCCACAGAACUGGGCCUUUAAGAGCUGGUUGAGCAAAUGAAUCCUGCUGUUGUUUCCUUAGUAGCGUGGUUUGAGGGUAAUAGACGUAACGGAAAUUAAUAGUUAAAAAUAGCUUAUUCAGCUGUCAAGCAGUUGGGGAGAGAGAUUUUGUAUGUAUGUUUGAAAGUGGUCUUUUCCAUGAGUCUCACUAUAAAUUUAACAAAACCACUCCCGGCUACUGUAGUAGGUUUGUUGAAACCCUACUUGUGUGAACACUGAUUGUACUGUAAUGGCCAGCAGUGCUGGAAAAAAGACCCAAACUGACCCAGAGAUAUUGUAGCAUUUAUUUCAUGACAAAGGCAAUCUACUGAUGACCAGUCAUAAGCCUGUUUUGUGUUUGAAUGUGUCUGACUUUGAAUGUGAUGAAAAAUCAGAGCAGCUGUUUUUGGUGUCCUUACCAAGAAACCUGUGUGGAUUGCCAGGCACCUUUCCUAAGGUCUGAAAGGGAAAUGUGGCCAAAGGGAAAGAGUGGAGUAGAACAAAGUGGAGAAUACCCAUCCUGUUCUUAGGUGAGACGAAUCACAGGCAUACCUGUUCCACAUGUUGAGAGGAAAGCAGAUCCAUAGAGAUUUUCUAUCCUGCACUUGGUGUAGAGACUCAACUCCCAAUGAUGGAAGGUGAUAUGUUCCCAGAAUAAAGCCUGAGUGCUAAGUUGUGAAGCUGAAGAAUUAUUCUGUUGAGUUCUUUGCUCUUUUGCUUAAAUGCCAGCACUAAGUUGGUAUUUAGGCAAUAACUUGGUUUGCUAGUUGAAAGGGGUGGGCUAUUUUUGUUCGCAUGUUGGUUAGUUAGAGUUCAUGUAAACCCUGAUCUCUGCAGGCUGUGUGGGUCUUGCAUGUUCUCUCUGGUAGUGACUUGUCUCUUUCCUAUAUUCAGUGGUGUUCUUUCUGAUAUGGGUCUCCUAGAUGUACAUUAGGAUUGUGGAGAAAUCUUUUUAAGUGAUAGAUAUAAUGUGGUGUAGACUCUGUACAUUGUAGUGUAAUUUCCUGUAAGGGCACUAUUGUGUUUCAAGCAAUUAAAAAAUUGUACUAUGUUGGAAGAACAACAAAGUUUACAUUUCAUACUUUUAAGAAACAUUUUAUUAUUUAUUUAUUAAAGCUAGUGUAGAAUUUUGUAUCAGAAACAAGAGACAUACGUAUUUUUUGAACCUGAGAUACAAUCUUUAGUUAGAAACAUUCAACGGAGCAAGGUUAGACCCAGUUUCACUCCAGGCAUGCAUAUGUUGAUCACUUACUGACAGAAAACGUAGUUUAAAGUAUCUUUAGUUUAUAUUUUUCAAUGUUGUUGAGGAAUUGUUUGAAAUCAAAUCUCUAAAUAGACUUAUGAAACUCAUGGUUUUGUACUUAUCAGAGGACCUGGCUCAAAUUUUACCUCUGACACCUGCUACCUAUGUGACUUGGGCAAGUCACGCAACCUCCCUUGGGCUUCAGUUUCCUCAUCUGUAAAAUGAGGAGUUGGAAAUAGAUGGCCCAUGAGGUCUAUACCAACUUGAGAUUUAUGAUCCUAUGUUAUUGCAUUUUAUUAAACCUAAAAUUCCUAAAGUCCGCGGAGUUGUGAUAGGACAAAGCAUCAUUAAAAAUAUUUGUGUGGAGUUGCAUUGACAUGCUGUGUUCAGCUCUUCUUUAUGUCCCUGUUUUUUCCUCAUUAUCUUAAAUAAGCUAAAUGUUGAAUGUUGAUAUGUUUCCAGUGGAAGUGUCUUCUGCCCAUGUGCUGAAUCACCCACUGCAGAUUCCAGUAGCAGAAUCAGAGUAAAAUGAAAAACAAAAGAUAGUCCUCCCCCACUCCCUCACCCCCCAACAAGGUUCUAUAGUGAGUAUCUUCUGGCUGCAAAGUGCUACCCAAAGUCUAGAUGUUGAUAUUAUUGGUUUUUUUUAUCAGUGUAAUCUGCCUGACUAUAUUUUAUAGAUGGAUAAGGACAAUGUUAAGAGCCUGUCUUCACCCAUCUGUGGAGAGCAUCUCCUGGCCUUGUUCUUUUUACAAGUGACAGAUUUGUAGGUGAAUAUAGGUGGUUAGGGGAAACCCUAAAGUUCACUUCCCACCUCCUCAGCUUUCACUUCCACUGUGGUCUCCUAAUCUCACUCUCUUUGAGAUGAAACACAUCCUUGAUUAUCUGUUUUCUUCCUUCCUGCUCAUAUUUGUAGUGAUUUUUUUUCCCACCUGCACUAUGGAUGAUGAGUGAUGUGGGCGAAUGACUCAGUUAAGACUAAAUUUAGAUGAAAACCACUCCAGGAUAGAGCUAUUGUUCAGAAAUUGCCAGUUUUCCCUAAAUUUAGGAAAUCCAUAUCCUUUUCACUUUGGGACAAACUUGCUUUCAAUUGCACAAGUGGUUUUGUUCUUAUUUUUGUCUUUAUAUCACCAGCACCUAAUAAAGUGCCCAGCAUGUAGUAGGUCCUUAUUAAAUGCCUGUUGAAUUUAAUUAAUUUAAAACUUCUUUUUUUGUAUAGACCUUCAAGAAUAGGCAUGUUAGCAUUUAAGUGCUACAGAUUCCUAAACAUUCCCAUAAGAUUAGUCUGCACCUCUCAGAUCCACAAGUGCUAGAUUUUUUCAUUACUAUACUUUAGUUCUUUAAAAACAA